AUGGCCAGCUACAGCUACACUCCCGCCCGGUGCUGGCUCCUGGGUGUCCUGUUGCUGCUCACAAUCGCCGCUAGCUGGCCCACGGGGACAUCGGCAGCGCCGCGACGUCUCAGCGGUCGCCACCUAAUACUGCCCCACCGCCACCACGUGCACCAGCGUUCGGCGGAACACCAGGCAUUGGAUCAAACGAGGAAUAUCACAAUAGUGAGGCCCGAGCCAACGUCCACCCUGCUCUGCCAGUAUCACAGGAGCGCCAUGUCAACGAAGGCAAGUCUGGUCGGUGCCCAGAAUGUGGCCGAGAAGACUAUGGAAGCCAUCACCUGCCUGAUCGGCCAGUGGCUGGAUUACUAUUGGAAAGAUGGCGUUACAUUGAGCGGCGCGAUAGACCGCUACUCAUUGCACAAUCUCAACCUGACGCAUCCGUUGCACGAGGAGACCAAAAAGGUGCGCUUCGAUAGUGACCCCGAGAGGUUCAUCUACGAGAAUCAGGCUGAGGUGAGAGAGGCCAGCGAGGAGCUGCCCAAGAUUGCCGACGCCCUGAUGAUUGUGCGCCAUCUGAUGCAGAGCGUCACCAAGGGGCACAGCGGCUACAACUGCACCUUCGUGCAUAUCAUCGAAAAGCUGAGCCACAACCUAUACAUGGCAGAGGCAGCCAUGAACAGCCAGCCCUGCAGCAUGUCCAUCUAUACGUACGCAACCUCAUACCCAGACCACAAGUUCGGGGUCACCCUGGAGGCCAUCAAGCUGCUGGCCGUCGUCCAGCAGAAGUACAAGGUCCUGCUGGAAAAGCAGAAUGGCGACGAAGAGGAGGUCAACUAGGAGCGCACACACACGGAAUAAUGUAUCUCCUCCUUCAAGUUCCCAGAGUUAAAGUAUACCAAAAAGCAAUCGCCACCAUCAACCACCUGCAGCCACCACCACACC